AAUUUAAUUUCAAGUUUUUAGUAAAGUUAAGUGUUACAGUUUUGUUAAUAUGUUUCGUAAAGUUUAGUUUAUGUUUCCUGACAUUUUUUGAUGUGUUGCGUAAAGCUAAGUGUACUCACUAUCUAUAAGAAGUUUUCUGCCGUUUGUCCUCGUCCUCUGUCGCCACUUUCGGAGAUAGCCUCACUCGAAAGGUAAGGUUCCACAUUUUACUACAUACGUAUGUAUGUACGUACAGUAUUUCUUGUAUACCAUGUACACUAAUACACUUUAUUUACAGGUAUGUACAUAUUAAUUUAAGUUAGGUAUUGAAUGGUCCAAAUUGUUGUAGUAUUUCAUUGUUUAUUGGUCAAUUUAGCUUUAUUAUAAAAUUUACUCGGGUGUUUUUGUAGGGCUUGGAACGGAUUAGCAUUUUACAUGUAAAAUGCGGUUCAAGAUACGAAAAGCUCAUGAUACGAAAGCCGCCUCGGAAUGGAUUAAUUUCGGAUUUCAAGGUACCACUGUACAAUGUUUGCAACCUGUGUCAGUGGAAAAUCUUCCAUGUGUCCCAAGUAAGCGGGUGGUCAGAUCAUGCCUUGUUAAUUUUCAUAGACAUAUAUCUAUCAUUUUCUUUAAUUGUGCUAUAUUUUCUCAUUUCAGACACAACCUUCUGCCAAGAUAAAGACAAUUUCUGGAGAUUUUUGCAAGACAUUUAUUAUUGAGGAAGAAUGGAGACACAUUGAUUUUGUUACUAGAUAUUUUUGUGAAGUUUAAUGUCCAGGUAUAUGAAAUGUAGAGUCUGCUUUUGUUAUAUAGCACAUGGAAAGCUAUGCUAAGUGUACACUUUCUAGGAUUAGAAAAAUUGAAGUGAAUUCUGAAAAAUCUCUCAUGUGAAAGUGGUCCCAAAACUCAUUGUUUGUUCAUAUGAAAAAGGAGCCAUUUGUAUGUUAAAUUGUGGAAAUCAAUUUAGUUGGGAACACCACCUAAGAACUUGAAUGUCAGUUCACACAGGAGGGAGCCUGUUCAGAUUUGUGAAUGUGGCCAAGCAUUAUACCAGAAACAAGUUCUCGUGAAGUAUAUUAAGUAUAUUAAAACUCACCAUGAAAAGAAUCACUAGAAGCGGGAAAGCUUUUCCCCAGGAAACUCAUCCUAACAAUCAUAUGAGGGCUAACAUUGUGGGGAAUCCAUUCAAGUGUAAAUACUGUAGGAAAGGAUUUUCUCAGAAAGCUCAUCUUGAAAGUCAUAUGAGGGAGCACACAAUAAAGAAGCCAUUUAAAUGUAAUGAUUGUGGGAAAGCAUUAUCUGGGAAAACUUAUCUUGAAAUCCAUAUGAGGGUUCACACUGGAGAGAAGCCAUUUAAAUGUAAGGACUGUGGGAAAGCAUUUUCUCAGAAAACUCAUCUUAAACGUCAUAUGAGGGUUCACACUGGUGAGAAGCCAUUUAAAUGUAAUGAAUGUGGAAAAACAUUUUCUCAAAAAACUGAUCUUGAACGUCAUAUGAGCAUUCACACUGGAGAGAAGCCAUUUAAGUGUAAUGACUGUGGUAAAGCAUUUUCUCGGAGAACUUGUCUCGAAAGUCAUAUGAUGUUUCACACUGGAAUAAAGCCAUUUAAAUGUAGUGCCUGUGGGAAAGCAUUUUCUCGGAAAACUGAUCUUGUACAUCAUAUGAAGGUUCACACUGGAGAGAAACCAUUUAAAUGUAAGGACUGUGGGAAAGCAUUUUCUCAUAAAGGUCAUCUUAACAUUCAUAUGAGGGUUCACACUGGAGAGAAGCCAUUUAAAUGUAAUGACUGUGGAAAAGAAUUUUCUCGAAAAACUCAUGUUGAAAGUCAUAUGAGGGUUCACACUGGAGAGAAGCCGUUUAAAUGUAAUGACUGUGGGAAAGCAUUUUCUCAUAAAGAUUAUCUUAAAAUUCAUAUGAAGGUUCACAUGGGAGAGGAGAAGCCAUUUAAAUGUAAUGUUUGUGGCAAAGCAUUUUCUUGGAAAAUUUAUCUUGAAAGUCAUAUGAGGGUUCACACUGGAGAGAAGCCAUUUAAAUGUAAUGACUGUGGGAAAGCAUUUUCUCAUAAAGGUCAUCUUAAAAAUCAUAUGAGGGUUCACACUCACACUGGAGAGGAGCCAUUUAAAUGUAAUGACUGUGGGAAAGAGUUUUGUCAGAAAACUGAUCUUGAACAUCAUAUGAGGGUUCACAUUCAUUCCAGGAUUAUAACAAAGAAGAGAUCAGGGCCUUUGGAAGAAAUGGAGAAGUUACUGGUCACCUGGAUGGAGGACCAGAUACAAAAGUGUAUGCCACUCAGCCUCUUGCCCAUUCAAACAAAGGCGCAUUUAUUUUUCGAGGAACUAAAGAAAAACUACGAUGAUACCUACUCCAAAGAUUUUGUUGCAAGCCAUGGAUGGUUUCAGCGUUUUAAAACCCGCCAUAAUUUUCAUAGUGUGAAAAUUAUCGGUGAAGCAGUAUGUGCUGAUGCUGAAGCAGCUGCUAGCUUUAAAAAAGCAGAAGAGGAAGAAGAAAUUGAUGAAGAGCC